GGAACGACCAUCACCACCAAACAACCCAUCCUUUCUCUCUCCCCGCGUCACACCCCGCCCUCUCUCAUUUUCUGCGUGCGCUUCUGCCAUUCUUGCAGCUGGGGUCUUCUUCUCUCUUGCUUUUCUGUCGAUACCCUUUCUCUCGUGCCGCCUAUCUCUCCCGGUGAGCUAGGAGCUGAUUUGUCGCAAUCAUGGCGCAGCGGCCUAUUCCAUUGCAGGUGACCCAGCCUGUGCUGCUCACCAAUUUGAACAUCCUCCCGUCUUCUAUAUCAUGGCAGAACUGCACGCUAGAGUCGGACCACUAUGUCUGCGUGCGCCAGCAGUCCACCGAUCCCAGCUCCCCUUCCGAGACGGUCAUUCUUGAUCUCAAGAACCUGAACAACAUCAUUCGGCGACCCAUUCGAGCCGAAAGCGCAAUCAUGCAUUUGACCGAGCCGAUUAUCGCCCUACGCGCCCAGUCACGGACGCUUCAGCUCUUCAAUUUGGAAACAAAGCAGAAGCUGCAGACCUAUACCCACGGCGAGGACGUCGUCUUCUGGCGGUGGAUCAGCCAAACUACUCUGGCCAUAGUCAGCGUCAAGUCCGUGUUCCAUUGGGACGUCAUUGGUGCCCAGGCAGCGGUCCCUGUGAAAGUCUUCGAUCGUCAAGAACAGCUCGAGGGUAACCAGAUCAUCAAUUACGUCGUCAACGAUGACGAGAGUUGGAUGUGCCUGGUGGGCAUCGCCCCCGCGCCAGGAGGCGGUAUCCGUGGUAAUCUGCAACUCUACUCCAAGGCCAGGGGUAUCAGCCAGCCUUUGGAAGGCCACGCCGCGACCUUCGGGACCAUUCGGUUGGACGGCGCCUCCUCAGACACCAAGCUCUUUGCGUUCGCGGUCCGGUCUGUGACUGGGGAAGCGAAGCUCAACAUCGUCGAGGUUGAUCACAACCCCGCGAAUCCGCCUUUCCCCAAGCGUUUAAUUCCUGUUCAUUGGCCUGCCGAGGGCACCGGAGACUUUCCGCUCGGCAUUCAUAUCGCCCAUAAAUAUGGCCUUAUCAUGGUUAUCACCAAGUUCGGCUUCAUCCAUCUGCAUGAUCUCGAAACGGGCACUGCCCUGUUCCUGAACCGGAUAUCCGAGGAAACGGUCUUCACCAGCGCCCGAGACUCGGACGGACGAGGAGUGGUUGUGAUCAACAAGCGCGGUCAGGUUUUGCACACUACCAUCCGUGAAGACGCUCUGGUCCCUUACGUCAUGGACAACCCAGCGUGCUCGGAGAUCGCCUACAAGCUCGCAUCGAAAGGCGGCCUCCCUGGUGCCGACCAACUUUACCAGCAACGCUUUGAGAGCUUGAUGCAACAAGGCCAAUAUGCGGAAGCCGCAAAGGUUGCUGCCACUUCUCCGCGAGGUUUCCUGCGCACAGGGCAGACUAUCGCAAGACUCAGGGCGGCGCCUCCCCAAGAAGGCGCCAAGGUCUCCGUUGUCCUGCAGUAUUUCGGUCUCUUGCUGGACAGGGGCACUCUGAACAAGGAAGAAACGCUUGAACUUGCUCGUCCAGUUCUCGCGCAAGGCCGGAAACAACUCCUCGAGAAGUGGCACAAAGAUAAGAAGCUCCAUGCUUCCGAAGAGCUCGGUGACCUUGUUAAACCACAUGAUCUCAAUCUCGCACUUGCCAUCUAUAAGGAUGCAAAUGUGUACCAAAAGACAGUUGCGGCACUGGCCGAGUUGGGCCAUUUCGAUCUCAUCACAAAGUACUGCGACUCUGUCGGCUACCGACCCGAUUACAAUGUGUUGCUGCAGCAUAUUGUGCGGGUAAGCCCUGAUAAAGGAGCUGAAUUCGCCAGCACACUGGCGAAACAUGAAGGCGGUCCGCUCGUCAGCCUCGAUCGUGUGGUGGACAUCUUCCAAUCGCAAGGGAUGAUCCAGCAAGCAACAUCCUUCUUGCUUGAUGUUCUCUCCAACAACCUGCCUGAAGAGGGUCACUUGCAAACGAAGCUGCUGGAGAUGAAUCUGCUGAAUGCGCCCCAAGUCGCCGACGCCAUCCUCGGAAAUGACAUGUUUUCGCACUACGACAAGGCGCGGAUUGCUCAGCUUUGCGAGAAUGCAGGUCUGCUCACUCGUGCCCUAGAGCACAAUGACGACCCAGUCGCCAUCAAGCGCAUCGUUGUUCAGACAGACAAGCUUCCUGAAGAGUGGCUCAUCAAUUACUUCGGUCAACUCACGGUGGAACUCUCCCUGGAGUGUUUGGAUGAGAUGCUCAAGUUCAAUAUCCGCCAGAACCUGCAGCCGGUGCUCCGCAUCGCCCAAAAAUACUCGGAUCUCUUGGGACCCAAUAGAAUCAUUGAGUUGCUGGAGAAGUACCGCACCGCUGAAGGGUUGUUCUUCUAUCUCGGUGCCAUUGUCAAUGUCAGCGAGGACAAGGAUGUAGUGUUCAAGUACAUUGAGGCGGCGACAAGGGUUGGACAGCUCAACGAGGUCGAACGGAUCUGCCGCGAAAACAACUACUAUGAUCCCGAGAAGGUGAAGAACUUCCUCAAGGAGGCGAAUCUUCAGGAGCAGUUGCCUCUUAUAAUCGUCUGCGAUCGGUUCAACUUCGUCCACGACUUGGUCCUCUACCUUUACAAGAACCAGCAAUUCAAGUCGAUCGAGGUCUACGUCCAGCGUGUUAAUCCUUCCAGGACUCCCGCCGUGAUCGGAGGCCUCCUCGAUGUUGACUGCGAGGAGAGCAUUAUCAAGAAUCUCUUGGCUUCUGUGACGCCUACCUCUAUUCCCGUCGACGAACUUGUUGCUGAGGUCGAGUCGCGCAAUCGUCUGAAGCUCCUGCUACCAUUCUUGGAGCAAACUCUUGCCAGUGGCAACCAACAGCAGGCUGUCUUCAAUGCUCUUGCGAAGAUCUAUAUUGACAGUAACAACAAUCCGGAGAAGUUCCUCAAGGAGAACGACCAAUACGACUCGCUUGUUGUUGGAAAAUACUGCGAGAAGCGCGACCCCAAUUUGGCAUUCAUUGCUUACAGCAAGGGCCAAAAUGAUCUUGAACUCAUCAACAUCACCAACGAGAACUCGAUGUUCAAGGCUCAAGCACGGUACCUUCUGGAUCGAGCUGAUCUUGAGGUUUGGGAGUAUGUCCUUAGCCCCAACAAUAUGCACCGUAGGUCGCUUGUUGAUCAGGUAACAUCUACGGCCGUGCCAGAAAGUCAAGAUCCUGAGAAGGUUUCGCUUGCUGUCAAGGCCUUCCUCAGCAGCGACAUGCCCGGUGAGCUGAUCGAGCUCCUCGAGAAGAUCAUCCUGGAGCCGUCCAGUUUCAGCGACAACCCGUCGCUCCAGAAUCUCCUCAUGCUUACCGCUGUCAAGUCCGAUCGGGGCCGCGUGAUGGACUAUAUUCACCAAUUGGAGCACUACACGCCUGAUGACAUCGCUGAGCAGUGCAUUGAGGUGGGUAUGUAUGAGGAAGCUUUCGAGAUCUACAAGAAGCACCAGAAUCAUGUUGCUGCCAUCAAUGUUCUCAUCGACCACGUCGUCAGCAUCGAUCGUGCCCAGGAGUAUGCCGAGCAGGUGGAUACUCCAGAGGUGUGGAGCAGGGUCGCCAAGGCCCAGCUGGAUGGUCUACGUGUGACUGAUUCCAUUGAAUCUUAUCUCCGCGCCCAGGAUCCCUCCAAUUUCCUCGAAGUCAUUGAGAUUGCCACCCACGCUGGUAAGGAUGAGGAUCUCAUCAAGUUCCUGCGGAUGGCGAGGAAGACACUCCGUGAGGUGCCUGUGGAUACCGCACUAGCGUUCUGCUAUGCUCGCACCAACCAGCUCCCCGAGCUUGAGGAUUUCUUGCGAGGUACUAACGUUGCUGACGUCGAGGCAUCUGGUGAUAAGGCGUACGAGGAAGGCUAUCACGAGGCAGCGAAGAUCUUCUACACCAGCAUCUCCAACUGGGCCAAACUCGCAACCACUCUUGUAUAUCUUGAGGACUACCAGGCUGCUGUUGAGUGCGCCCGCAAGGCAAACAGCAUCAAGGUCUGGCGUCAAGUGAGCGAAGCUUGCGUUGCUAAGAAGGAGUUCCGUCUGGCCCAGAUCUGCGGUCUUAAUCUGAUUGUCCACGCCGAGGAGCUUGCGGAGCUGGUCAAGCAGUACGAGCGCAAUGGCUAUUUCGACGAACUCAUCAGCCUCCUCGAAGCAGGUUUGGGUCUCGAACGUGCUCAUAUGGGAAUGUUCACCGAGUUGGGCAUCGCUCUGUCCAAGUAUCAUCCUGAGCGUGUUAUGGAGCACAUCCGCUUGUUCUGGUCUAGAUUGAACAUCCCUAAGAUGAUUCGAGCCUGCGAGGAGGCUCAUCUCUGGCCAGAGGUAGUCUUCCUGUAUACCCACUACGAUGAACCCGACAAUGCGGCGCUUGCCAUGAUGGAGCGUGCGGCCGAUGCUUGGGACCACCAGUCUUUCAAGGAUAUCAUUGUCAAGGUCACGAACCUGGAGAUAUACUACCGUGCAAUCAGCUUCUAUCUGGAGGAGCACCCGACGCUCUUGACGGAUCUGCUGCAAGCGCUGACGCCCAGGAUCGAUGUCAAUCGCGUUGUGCGCAUGUUCCUCAAGUCGGACAAUGUUCCUCUGAUCAAGCCAUUCCUCCUCAGCGUGCAGUCGCAGAACAAGCGCGAGGUGAACAAUGCACUCAACGAUCUGCUCAUUGAAGAGGAAGACUACAAGACUCUCCGAGACUCGGUCAACAACUACGACAAUUACGAUCCGGUUGAGCUGGCUCAACGCCUCGAGCGGCACGAUCUGGUCUUCUUCCGCCAGAUCGCAGCGAACAUCUACCGCAAGAACAAGCGCUGGGAGAAAUCGAUUGCUCUGUCCAAGCAAGACAAGCUGUUCAAGGACGCUAUUGAGACCGCGGCCAUGUCAGGAAAGCCUGAAGUUGUGGAAGACUUGCUUCGCUACUUUGUCGACAUUGGCAGCCGCGAAUGCUAUGUUGGCAUGCUCUAUGCCUGCUACGAUCUCAUCAGGCCGGACCUUGUGUUGGAAAUUUCCUGGCGCCACGGCCUCCAUGAUUUCACAAUGCCGUACAUGAUCAACUUCCUUGCGCAGCAGACGGCGACGAUCGAGGCGCUGAAGAAGGACAAUGAGGAGCGCAAGGCGCGCGAGGCGUCACAACAGAAGAAGGAGGAGGAGACUCCCAUUCUGGGAACCCGCCUGAUGCUUACACAAGGACCGAUGGCGCCGGCACCCUCACCUGGUCCGUAUGGACAGUCCAAUGGGAUUGCUCCGCAGCCCACUGGGGGCUUCCGUGCCUUUUAAGCUCCUCGACGCCUUCACACUAUGACAUGAAGUGUGAAGGAUAAUCGGACGGAAUGUAGUCCUGCCACCUGUUCUGAAGUGCAUGGGAGCGAGCGUUUGCAAAAGCGGAGGAUAGUGGGCUACUUUUCUGGGUAGUGGACUUGGUCGGUUUCCUUGCCGAUUGCAAGCAGUGUAUUCUACAUGGCGUUUUCAAGGGGAGAAAUGGAAUGUCUGGAGCAUGAAUGCAAGUCCAAGACGUUCUGUAGUGUAUACUAUAAUGAUUGAUCCUUUCGGUGUCAUAACCCUGAGAUUGGCGAGAUCUGAAGGCAUUACGCUGUAUAGGGGCUAUAUGAAGAGCGAGGAAGUACUGCUUCUUUUUACAUCCGACUGAACACCCCCAUGCAGUUCCUCUGUACUGCUGUUUUCUAGGUCUAAUUCAACAGCUAGC